UCCCGAAUUUGCUCAAACAUUUUUCACACGGGCAAGCGAGAUUAGUCCUAUUUAUUGGUUUACAAAUGGCGGGUUGAUCAAAGGAAAAUUUGUGAAAACAACAAUGCAUCCGUAAGCUGCUGUACUUUUUUAACGCCGGCUAUGGCGGUGUGGAACUAUGGUGAGUCAAGAGGUGUUUUGACUCCAUUGGGUGUUUUUAACUUGGGAUUUUUUUGAAAAGCUGCAGCUGUUAUGUUCAUACGACAAUUUUUGAACGUUGAGUGUGUAGCCAACAGUAAAAGAAAUUUAGAAUUCUUAAUUGUUUUCGUGCGGCUUUAACUCCGACUCGGAUUGUGUACAAUGGAGAACUCGCGAUUGCGUGGACGGAAAAGGUACUGCUGCUACUAUUGCAACACUUAUUUCUAUCAAGUAGAUUCAUGGCAACGACAUAAUCGAAAACACACUGGUGUGGAGAUUGAAUGCGAUGACUGCGGUGAGAUGUGUUCAGACCAUUUUGAGUUAAAGGCUCACCAACAACUAUGCGACGCUUAUCGCGUAUAUUCCGAAGACGCGUUUGUUCAGACGCCUUCGGAAGCUCUUCUGCCUUCAAGCAGAAACAACUCUUCCAGCGGAAGAGCUAAUGAAAAUACCAGUGUUCAUGAAACCCCUGAUAGUACCUCCAAACAAGAAUCUCUUCCAGAUGACGAGAACUCUACGGAAGGCAACGCGAUAGAGACAGUUGAAAGAAGGUCAGUUGACAUUGAAAAGAGUGGAGAAAAAGACGAUAUUGCAGAAACAGAACGAGACUUGUCUAAAUCAUCAGAACUAGAUUAUCUAAUCGGGGAAGACCAAGGCCAGAAUAUUGCGCAAGAAGAAGGGGACGCUGAAACUGAAGCCCUAAUUGGAAUUGAUCAGAAUGAAGUGAGUCAAAUGAAAGAAAACGAUGUUAAACAAUCUGCAUCUAACGUUGGUGUAGAUACACAGAUAGUCAUUAAAGUUGACAGCGCUUUGAAUGCUGUGAAACAGAAUCAUAUGCCGAGUAGCAGUGGAAAGGAAAAUAUUGAAAUUCCAACUUUUUAUAGUCGACCCUCUCCUCUUGGAGCUUCGAUGUCUUCAACGCAAGCAAUGAGUAUAGACAGCUCUGACAUGAACAAAAAAUACCAGCCUUAUUUUUGCAAGAAUUGUGGAGCCAGAUUUACGAGAAAAGAUUCAGUUACUAGACAUUUAAAGAAAGGAACAUGCAGCGGGAAAUCUGCUAUUGUUUGCAACAUCUGUGGCAAAGUGUUCUCAGAAAUGUUUGAAUUGCAAGGUCAUUUUAAAAUGGAACAUAAGAACAUUGCCUUCACCCCUUCUAUUGUACAUCGUUCCAUUCUUCCAAGAAUUGAGAAUCAUGAACAAUCGAUAUAUAGCCAUUACCCUACUCAUUAUGUAGUGAACGAACAGCAUAUAGCUCGUGUUUCACGGCCCUUUAUUCCCCCGGAACAAACAUACCGACCUAUGCCUCCAGGUCUUCAAACAAUGUUUUAUGGAAACCAACCAAGCUUUGUGCCGCCUCCUUCACAUUCUUCUGCAACAGGACACUACCACGAACGUAUGGUCCAACCCCGAGCAAUGGAACUGAAGUAUUCACCCACAGGUCACGUGCGAAAAGAUGUUACGUUUGUUAACAAUCCUGGAAAACUUAUGGUUACCCGGGAUAACGAAGUUAGCCGCAAAAGAGAAUACUCCGAUUCACAAACCAAAGUGAUGUAUGAUGAUUCAGAAUCUUUACAAAAAAAUAGAAAAAUAGAGACGGGUUUUUCAUCAAAACAGCUUUCUCCAAAAUAUAGAGAAAAGUUCUCACGUGGCAACGAGAGUAUUAACCUUAGCGAGUAUACGAACAAUGCAAUGAGUUCCAAGCAGUACUAUGACAAUAGAUUUUUAAAUCCUGAAGCAUCUGCAGGCAAGGAUGAGCCUCCUAGGGCUCACCAAUGUAAAGUCUGUGGACUUGAAUUUCCACGCUUUGAAUAUCUUUUAACGCAUUUAAGGAAGCACAAGGAAAAAAAUGAAGUUUCAGAGCCUGGGGACGAUCAUGACAUAGACCAGCAUAUGCAUCGGAAUAAGGACGAAUAUCAGAGAUCGAAAGUUUCAGUAAGCGAUUCCAGUUCAUCUGAUGAUAAUGAUCACACUUACCCAAAAUACGUCACGUCGCAGAUGAAAGGGAAAGAGAGCUAUCAAACCUCGCUUGGACCCGCUACCAUUCAAGUGCCUCAGAAUGUAUACGCACCUCCGGCAUCGUCUUCAGAGCAGUACACGCAACAACGUGACUUAGCGUAUCCUUUACAAUCUAACCAAGUUAUCUCAAACCCUCAUUUAACUAGUGAUACCGUAGAAGCCAUUACUCCUGGUGUUGAUGGCAAGUUUCGACCUUUUAUAUGUGAAAACUGCGGACAAAGAUUUACAAGAAAGGAUUCUCUUGUGCGGCAUGCUAAAAAACAAACUUGUUUCGAGGAACUUGUUGAUUUAAAAUGUAAACACUGCGACAAAGCUUUUCGAUAUCAUAAAUGUUUGAUGCAACACCAAGAGCUAGUGCAUGGUAUCCAACAAGAAGAGUGCAAGCCUGGGAAUAGUGAUGAUGAGUUAUCUGAAUCAGAUAGAUCCGACAAAAAUGAUGUUGAUGUGCCAAAAGAGAAUAGGCACAUUAAAGAAAAAAACGAAGAUAAAUUUCAAACCCAUCAAAACAAAGACAAAGUUUUGACAUCUUCCGAUCAUCCCCGCAUUAAACCAGCUUCGCAAUUUCAUCCGUUUGUACGAGACAAUCAUUUUCCUUCUCAAGCAGUCCCAUCAACGCACCAUCUAGGUCCCAGCUCAAAUCAAGUAUUGUUGAAAUCAGAUGAUAUAACGAAAACACAUCAGGGGAACGAAGCAAAUACUCAAGAUGCCCAGUAUAUUGGUUACUGUAUGCUGCCACGCCCGUUCCAAUGUGAAUACUGUGGCGAUCGAUUCGCGCAUCGUCACUCUCUAAAAAGACACGUCCGUCGUCAUUUAGGUAUUGGAAUACCGUGCCACGACUGUGGGAAAUUGUAUCGGGAUCAGUCCGAGUGGCGACGUCAUCAACGCAGUAUACAUAACCGACAUUACGAGAAAUACGAGGUCCCUAGCCGAAUGAGCUUUCGAGAUGGGGUUGAACAGGGCUUGAUCGGAGUAGUACCGAAACUGGAAUACGAUGCGCAGAACGAGCAUGAUGAGAGCGACAGCGAAAAAAGCGAGGAUGACUUAUCUAUGGCUAAGAUACGACCAAGUUAUAUAGAAGUAAAGAAACACCAGAGUGAUCCGUUACCGAAAGUUUCUUCUUCGGAUUGCCGUCCGAACAGUUCCGAUUGUCACAAACCAGAAAAUGAAGUGAAUGAAGCGAACAAGUCAAGUGACACAUCUAGUGUUGUGGCGAAGGAAGAAAAGCUAAAAUCGUUCAAUUUCAAAGCUCAUUCAGCUAUCGAUAAAGACUCUCGUAAAAGUCUGUUAGAUCUAUAUUUAUGUUCACCAAAUAGUGGCGACGAAGGUGGAGAAGGGGAAAGAAAUAAUAAUCAUAAGUAGCACGGAUUAUUGCGGAUAAAACUUUAUAUUUUGUAAAUACGUAAUGUAUGUAGCUCGAUUAUAUUAUAGAUAUAUAAAGAUAUAUUAUUUUGCUAAUUUUAUAAUAGUUUAAGUAUUUUAUUUACCGAGACAUUUUUUUUUUUGAGAACGAGAAGGUAUUUAGUGUGAUAGUAGCCGUGUACAAGGCUCAGUAAAAAACUUACAAGUUUGUCUUAUAGUGCAAUUUAAAAUUUUAAUAUGGUAAUUUUUUCAGACAGAAUAUACGUUUUACUUAUAAGAAAUAUUUUAUAACCAACACGAGACUCUAGGAGGGCGAAAGAAAAAAAGACAGAUAUUAUUUCUCAAAAAUAUCUUGUUCUGAAUGUCAUAUAAGUUUUACACGAAAAAUGAAACGUCACAAGUAGAUACUCGACGAAUAACAAUUAAGCGACAGUGUAAAGGGUAGUUUCCACUGCCACAAUUAUUUUACGCAUUAUCGUACAAUUUGUUGUAGUAACUGGUGUACAAUUCCGUGCAAUUAUAUACAAGAAGGAUAUAAAUAGUUUACACUUUUUGUUUUGAUAAUGCUUAAAUGCGCAAGAAUACAAAAGAGAUGUUCAAUUCUUUUAACAUUGAUUCUAUAGGAACCUGCUACUAGUUUUCAAAUUGGACUGAUUUGAUUUAAAAAAAUUUGACCUUCAAAGUCAUAAUAUAUUGUACAUCGUGGUUACAUCUGUACAAUAUCUUGUACAAGAAUAUACAAUUUUAUACAAUUAAUUGUAGCAGUGGAAAUUACCCUUUAAAGAGAGAAGUUAAGCAACUUCGCUAACAUUUUGUGUUGCCUAUAAAAAAAAGCAUACAUCAAGUGAAAAAAAAACAGUCGUAUAUUUAUACGGAUUAUUAUAUUAUGUAAUUUAAUUUUUUUAUUGCAAUUUCUCCGUCGUGCUAUUAAAAAUCUCAGUUUGUUAUAUCAGAGAGACAAUUAGAAGACUGUGUCCGAGGUUGUUUCUAAUUAUUUGUUCGUGUUGUUAUUUUUUGUAUUUUAUGUAAACUUCAAGUUAAUUGUACAUCUUAUUUGUCUACUAUAUAUAAAUGUUUAUUCUAUAUUCAGUAUUUAUCCUUUUUUAAGUAUAUUUUAUUUGUACCCAUGAUGCAAUGCGAUUAUUAGGCUUGCAACAUAUUAUGUAAUGAUAAUUUAUUUGACUAAAUUAUGCAAACAUCAGCACUUUAUUAUAUUUCCGUAUAACGAAUUUUAAUUGCUUUUAUCAAAAUCUCAGAAUUAUACCUAAGGGGGGGCAAAUUAUUUUCCGAAAAAAUUUCGCGAAACAUUCAUUCGCGGAAGUUAUUUCUACGGAUUUAUUCCGCAAAAAUUAUAAAAUUCGCAUUCGCGGUCAUUUUCAAAAAACAUCUACCGGAAUUUUUUUUCUUCGUACUUUAAUUUUUUGUAGCCGUUGAGGUUUUCGUUGUUCAUUUGAAUAUAUAUUUAUUUCUGAAAGUUAUGUUCGACAAAAUAUUAGUUUUGUUUCUACAAAAAUUAUUGAAGUUUCAGCAUCCCCGGAAUUAAGUAUUUCCGCAAAAUUUUGGUACUAUAGUCAUUCGCAUAAAUAUACUCCGAAAAACGAAAAACAUUUUCGGAUCAUUCGUCCACAGAAAUAAGUUCCGCACAAAUUUUCCUGCAAAUGAUUUGCUCCCUUAGGUACUAUUAUAUCGUAAGUCUCCCAAUUUCGUAUUUGUCAGUACAAUCUUUAAAAAAACGGACUCGUUGCUUCUACUUUUUAUGUAAUAAUUUAUGGAAGUAUAUUUAAGUUUGGAAAUAAGACGUUAUGUUGAAUGUAAUCAACCUUGAUGACUUAAAAA